AUGAGUAAAUGGAUGUUAGAGGAGAAAUUAGCACAUUUCCCUGAGCCCGUCAUCAUUAGUAAAGUCACAAAGCCCAAUCCGAUUUUAGGCCUAACAUCUUCAAGAAAAAGGCAAGACUUGAAGAGAAAGGCACAAUCCAUGGAGAAAUAUAGCCCGUCUUACGAGUGCUAUCUCGGAUUCAACAAUUGGCGCCCACCGUGGGGCUGGAAACGCUUCUCGCUAUUCAUCUCGAAGAUAUCUAGAUUUUCACGAACUAGCAACGAUGGUAACUCGAAAGAGAACACUCCCACCGGGAGCCCGUCUCCCUCAGAAGAAAACUUAAGCGACAGUCUACCACGCACGAUAGACAAGUCGCUACCCGCUGAAGGCAGGGACAAGCCUGCUCCCUACAAGAAACCCAUCUUCUCGCCACAGAGAUCCGUCUCGCCGCGAAGAUCGAAGAUCUACUUCGCCGCAACGAUCCCCUCCGCCAAGAAAGGACGAGAGCCCCCUCCGUCCGCACCACGCCGCUCGAGAAAAUCUUCCUCGAGCGACAAACCCCGCAGCUCGAAGAAAUCCUCCUCGAGCGAGAAGAUCCUCAAACUCAUGGAGAAUCUCGUCAAGCCACUCGCCGACGGUUUCGAGUCAAUGCGAGCACAGCAGAAAAAGACUCAGGAACAGGUGGAAGCCCUAGCACGAGAAGACGAUGAAGAUCCGUCAAGUCCCACUGACGGAACAACCCCGUCCCGCGCACUUCAGGCGACUUACCACCAAGAACUCGAACGGAUGAAUCGUCGCCUCGACGAGGUCGAUUCGAAAGUUCAUCGCGCCACCAGCUCAGCUCCGGAAUUGACGAAAGCACUCGCCGAUACCCGAAGAAGCCCGCUCACCCGCAGGCUCCGCCAGAUUGAGCUACACGAAAGAGUUCGACUCAAAAUCGACUCUUACACCGGCGAAGAAGACCCCAAGAAGUGGCUAACCGCGUUCAACCUCGCCAUGAGGAGGGAGAAAUACAAAUCUUACGAUGAAAGGGAGGCCAACUACUGUCAAGUAUUCGUCGAGCACAUGGCGAAAGAUGCCUUGACCUGGUUCUCUAACCUCCCCGCCGAGUCGAUCGAUAACUUCGACGACCUAACCAAUGCUUUUCUGAAGCAUUACUCCAUGCACAUGACCCGAAUCACUCGGAACAUGUUCACCACAACGCAAACCCAAGGCGAACCAUUGCGCAGCUUUAUGGAAAGGUUCAAACAAGCAGCUCGCGAUACUGGCGACAUGCCCGAUAGCGUCCCGCUGGAAGCACUCCGCAACGGCCUCUGGUACGACUCCAAGUUUAAGGAGGAUUUGUCACUAAAACCCCCUGCGACUCUGGAGGACGCGUUCCACCGCUCUCGGAACUACAUCUUCCUCGAGGAAGACCAGCGCUUCUACGCCGAGAAACAUGGAGAUAGGAGGGCAACCUCGUCGAAACCCAGAGAGGAACCCAUGGAGGCGCGAAGAAGACACGAUCCGAAGAGGUCUCUCCUCACAGCGUUCGCAGCAGCCGACGACGAGUUCGAGCAAGAACACGCAGCGGCCGUUUCGAUGCCACAAGACAUCAACUCGCUCGGAGAUGACAACGAUACCAAAGCUUUCUGCAAGUUCCACGGGAGAACUGGCCACGCCACUGAAAACUGCAAACACCUAAUGAGCAACCUCAUGCGCAUGUACCAUCGAGGAGAAAUCCCGCCAAUGGACGGUGAUAGGUCCCAAGGAAAAAGCUUCCCGCCGAAACCACCAAAAUCUGGGCAGCAGGAGAAGCGCGGACGACAACCCCGUCCGAGGAAGGAUGCAGAAAAGGCGGAAGCCCCGCUUGGGAAAAGGAAUCGUGAUGACCACGACGACCUACCUCCACCACCGAAGCGACAAGUCAGCAUGAUCAUGGGAGGCCUCCUGGAUAACGACGAUUCCAUAUCGGCGAUCAAGGAAUACGAACGAAAGGCCGUCGCGGCACAACGCUACCCGUAUAUCCAUAAAGGGAUCCCUACAUCUCCUUUACGGAUAAGGAUGCGAGCGGGCUGGACAUCCCUCACCUCGACCCACUCGUAA